AGUCUACUAGUUUAUAAUUAUGUGUUGUAUUAGAGAGGAGCAUCUGUGUCAGCAGCUCUUCUGUACAUGUGUACCAGUGUGUUCCCAGCAUUUGACAAAGUCACAGACAAAGGAGACGUUCAACUGAAUCUUCUUCAACUUGUAGCUGAAAUGACUGCUUGCAGGCCACCAGCAGACACUGUAGCUGUGUGUACUUCAUCAGUUUAUGACUUGCUGAUGGUUUAUUGCCCCUUGCCACCAGCAGUGAAGGAGGAAAAUGCAGAAGAACCAAAUCUUCAAUUUUCUUUUGUAGAAUGUCUUCUCUUUUCUUUUCAUCAACUCUGCAAAGUGGAUGCAGACUUUCUUGUGGGAGAUCAAGGGACAGAGAGAUUGAGGUCUAUCAGACAACGCUUGCAGUACUUCUCUAGAAGAUGUCAAAGCUACAUUUCACAACUCAGAGCCACUCUGAGAGGCAAAUCAGCUAAUCAGUUGCAAGAGCCAGAGAAUCAAGUGAAAGUAGUAGCUCUUCGUACAACCACAAACAUCACUACACUUAUCAAAGAUUUCUUUCACUCUCCUCCCUUGCUCAAGACAACUGUUACUCUGUCGUGGAUUAACAAGAUGAAAGCUCAGAAACAGGGUGAUACAGACAAAGUGAAUGGGACAAGCUCUGCUGUUUCUACCAAACGGUCUAUUAGUCCUAUAAGGUUUGAAUCUACAAUUGAAGAAUCACGGGCAAAGAAGAAAAGUGGACGUCCUGCUAAGGACCUGUACUCCCCACCAGGUGGAAUGUUUAGCAAAGGUAUCGGUCUGGUACCAGCUGUAAGUGGACGUGGACGUGGACAAGGAAGAGGACGGGGAAGAGGGCAAAUGAGGGGAAGGGGUUGGUGGUGAUAUGACGAUUGGGGCUGUUAGGAUGAGGUAAUAUCUUGCCUUUCUUUUGCUGCCUUCUAUUAAGUGUAUGUCAGCUACCUGUACUGCUUGUAUGGUAGGAGCAUAUUCUUAGUAUAGUCUAGCGGAGACUUUACUAAUAGGAUUAAUAUGUUAAACAUGAAG